CGUUACGAAUAUCAUAAACUACUGCUUAGGCUACGUCCAUCAUCAUGAGCGGCAUGAUCUUUGCAGCCCCGCCUUCAUACUCUAUUGGGGAACAAGAUGGUGCAAAUACCGCAUCGCAGCUGGGACUAGACUCCAUAACAUUAGGACAGCUCAAGGCGAUGGUUACAUGCGCGCCGAAGCCAAAGCAAUCGUUUUAUGACUUUCGCUACGACGAUGAAGACACGGUUAUGAAUGAAAUCGAUGAAUUUUACUCGUACGUAGAAAUGCCGCAAGUCGCGGAAAACCUAAAAGCAUGGAAAGGCUCUUUUCCCGGAGAGUGGACGAGCACCGAUACUACUCCUGCACAGCGGAAGGCACACGUUGAGGUACUCCUCGAAAGUCUCGAGCAUCGGGACGCAGAGAUCCGAUUUACGAACGCUCGUCGGCUCUUUUACGUCCUGCAAGGUACCUUUGCCGAGACAACGUCUCCAGAGCAUCAGUUGCACUGGAUCUACGAGAACUGCAAGGUCGUACGAAGUGCAAAUGGAUUGAGCACAAUCGUCGAAUCAAUGAAAAUCGCGAGUCAGAAACAUGAUCUACUUUGCUCGCUCUCAGAUGCGGAUACAGCCCACUUCCAGAUUACCCCUACUGAAAAGGCUGACUUUCUAGAAGAGGUCACAACCGAAAUCUCGGUUUAUCUCGGCAUGAUGUACCAUCUCAUCGAAAUAUUCAAGGAACGUGAUGACUUCGCAGAUGAAUUAAUGAGCAUGGACCCGCCGUUACCGGUGUACUUGUUCAAUGUGGUCUCUGCACUUAGGGACAAGAGCGCGAAAGGAUACCCCAUCAAGAAGCUACUCCUUGUGCUUUGGAAGACACUUCUCGCGUGUUGUGGUGGCAUCAGGGAGCUUGCACGUGUCAAGAAGUUGGCCCGGGAAUUUGCCAACCUUCCGUCUGUUCCCGACGAAGCUGUGGCCGUCAAAUGCACCCCGUUUGACAUUGAAACGUUCCGGCAGGAGACUUCGGUGAAAUAUCCGACGUUCACGCCUCCAGUCCCACCUACGCAAGUUGAUAUACCUCCGAUAAAACCCACGCCCUCCGUUUCCACUUCCAAAUUAGCACAGGCAUAUUCUCCUAUUCCUGUCCGCCAUCACUAUCACCACGAUGAUGCAGACUCGCAGCACUCCGGUCUCCCUAGUUCGCUGAAUCAUCAGCCAUUCCAAUCACAUGUUCCCAAUCCAGGAUACCGUCCGGGUCCUCAGCCUGCAACACCUGCACCAUCCCCGCCUCCUUCUCCCAAGCCCAAGAAACAGCAAUAUCAGACGGAUCAAAAUCGGCCAUUUUUGUUUCCCUUCUCGCGAAAAAGUAGAUUCGGCCCUAACAAUGAUCGCUUCGUACCGUUUGCCAUCGACGAGGCGGACAAGCUAUAUAAUCGGCAUAUGUAUGUAAGUCUUUCGCUCUGGCAAAUGUGGAAGACGAGAGAAGAGUGCAUGACUGCCGAGAGCGGGCUUGACUGUAUGCCUGGGUCUGAGGGGGAUGCCGAACCACUCCAAAUUACUAACGAGGAUCUUGAGAUUGCAGAGCCAUUGCUAGAUGUCGCACUGCUAGAUGCGAAGAUCACGGAAGCUGUUGCGGCCAUAGGAGAUGCCGCUUCCCCCGCCCAAGAGCGCAAGGCGAGGGAAAGAAAGGAAGACUUCAUGCGCCUGAAGAGGGUGGAAGCAAUCUAUAGCGCUGUAUUACCCGUCCUAUCAGGAUGGGUACUAGUUUUGCUGAAACUCCUUUUGGCCACUGUAUCCGCUGGGACCGGGCAACAACAAGUUCCUCAGUCGUCAACAUCAUCGGUCUUCCCUCCCGGUGUUGCAUCCCCUCCUGAGCAACCCCCCGCUCCACCACCAACACUCGACGACCUCGAUGUGACCCGGCAUCGCGAAAUUACUUCCAAAGCUGUCUCAGCUAUUUUAUUGCUGACGUUGAAAUGGUUCAAAGCUUCCCAUGUGAUGAAGUUUCAUCAUCUUGGCCAGCUUCUAUUGGACACCAAUUGCUUGCUGCUGAUUUUGAAGAUGUUUGGUCUGCAAGAAGUUUCGUCAUCUGUCGUGUCGAAAGCUGAUUCUCCCGACCACAACUUCUUCCGGUAUUGCCAGAUACAUCACGCAAAGAUCGCUCCACGUCCGCAGGAUGACAAACCUCGUGCUGGUGCCCACGUUGUGCUACAGACAAAAGUUCUUCCGAAUGGCCAAAAGCACGAAGAAGAAGUCGAGAUGCUGACUGAGUUCUCAUGGCGCAACUUUUUUUCCACGAUUAAUUUUGCCAAGAUUAUGCAGAAGUUGUCCAAGAGCCGGUCACAUCGCAUAUGGAUGCUUGUGCAAUACAAGAGCUCGGCGGUGUUGAAACGCGUGCUACGAGUUUCGCAUCCUUUGCUUCAGCUCCAUGUUCUGAAACUCAUCAAGAGUCAAGUACCCUUUUGUGGGAGGAAGUGGCGGCAAUCAAAUAUGAAGGUUAUCACGUCGAUCUACUUGAACUGUCGCCCGGAUCUGCGCGAUGAGUGGCUAACUGGCACCGAGGUUGAUGAUAUCUCUGACGCUCAGGCACAAGAGCAAGCGCUGCGUCACCUCGUCAAGUAUUACAACAACAAACGCUAUGGACCUCAGGCCCCGAGCCAGCAAUCCCAGGCUCAUCGGCGCUCUGUCAGUAUUUCUCACAACAUGGAAGGCCUGCCUCCAGGGUUAGACCUUGGAAAUAUCAUCCGACCAAUUGGCACUCCGAACGUCGUCGAAGCUGAUGUCUUCCCACCUCCGCGCUCUCAAGCACCGGAUCCAUCCAUAUUCCUCCCCUACACUACUGAGGAUCUUGCGUUUGAGGAGGAAUACGAGGAGUACUUGUCUGACCUCGGUUGGUCCGACGACCAAUCUGGCCUCCCACCAUUCGGAACGAUUUCAAUGGGCGGGAACGCAUGGCAGCGACUCCCAGAACUUGUCUCUAGUAUCGCUGACAACAUCAGUGACAGCGAAAGCGUGGUAUCAAUCGGCGACUUGGGCGAUGACUCCAGACUUGACGUCGGUCGGGACGAUCGUGACAUACCAGAUGAAAACCUGAAUGAUUGGGAGCAUAUGAGCCCCAAGACUAUGGCUGCGUUGCCAAAAUCUCCAGCAGGCAACCGUCGGUCUAGUUCAGGAGCGGGACUUCGCCCUGUUUUGCCGUUUGGUCUUGACGAUGAGAAUCCCAUUGACUUGGAGGAUGAUGAACCUGAGCUCGGUCCUAUACCUCGCGAGACCAAUGGUCCUUUCGCUUCUGGUGGUGGUGUUGAUGAAGUCGAGUAUGCUUAUGGCGUGUAACGUGUUAGACUGUUGCGUGUAUAUCUGUUGUUUGAUAUCGCAAGAAGUAAUGUUUUGUUUUUCCUUGAUGGAGGGCAGUGUGUAUUUGGUCAACAUUUUACAGUAUCAUUUUUCACUGAAUCGUCGAUGCAUUGCUUUAGAUGGUCCA